UCCAAAUUCCUGCAAUAAGCUAUAGUAAUGGAACUUCUAGGAUUGAGAUCGUUAGGUCUACUUGUGCUACAUGACAUUGCACCAUAAGGUGGUGGAGAUUAGGGGUGGGCGUUCGGUCGGUUCGGUUUGAAUCAAACCGAACUAGGACAUGCCGAAUUUCCGAUGUAACCAGCACCUCGACCGAAUUCAAACCGAGCUAUAAUUCGGUUCGGUUCGACCAAACCGAAUUAUAGCUAGAUUCGGUUUGGUUUAAAUGCCCAGAACCAAAAUGCACAGCUGCUGCCCGUUUUUGCCUACUGCCUUCUGGUCUGUUUCGCUGGAACUGGAAAUUUGGCAUGGGGCUGGCUGCUCAUUGCUGCCAUUUUUUUAUACUUUUCAAGGAGACGAGUGAGUGGUGCUGUCGAUGGGAGCUGGUGGGCUAUCGGCGGGAGCUGGAUGGCUGUCGGGUGUCGGCGGGAGCAGGGAGAGGCCGUCGGCAGGCGGUGGCCGGCGAGUGGCUUGGCGGACUGGCGAUGGGAGAGAUGGACGGAGGCAGAGUCAAGAUUGGAACAGGGGCCGUCGGGACUCGGGGUUGGGUCGGGGCGUCGCGUUGGGCUCGGGCCUCGGGGGAUGACGAGAUGGCGACGGACGACGCCGACGGGGACGCAGCAGAGCAUAUUUGGGUUUCCGGUUUCGCCUCUUUGUCUCUGCUGGCUGGCGGGCGACGGCUACUGCUGGCUGCGAGGGUUUCGACUUUAGCAUUCAGCAUCAACAGCAAGCCUUAGUUUCUCAGAUAGGAGAAGGAGAGUGGGCUGACUGCUGCAGGUUUGGGCUUUAGUUGGGUCAAGUAGGGAGUGGGUUAACUUCUUUAGUUGGGCCAAGUAGGGAGUGGGCUGACUGCUGAGGUUUUGGCCCAUUAUUAAUUCGGAAAUUCGGUCGGUAUUUCGGUUUAUCUGUUUGGUCAAAAAGCACCUGUCUCCCGAAAUUCAGCCUAUCUCCGUCCGAAUUCCGAACCUAAUUAAAAUUAUUUAAGUUUCGGUCGAUUUGAACUCGGUUCGGUUCGAUAAAACCGAACCGUAAGCCCACCCCUAGGGGAGAUGAGUGAUGUUUUAGUGGGAAAUUGAUUGAAUUAAGAAGACUUUUGAAUUUUGAUCCACCUAUCACGAAUUAAAUAAACAAACUUUUCCAACGCCUUCCAUUAACCGAAUCUCCAAUCACAUCGAACUUUCCCCCACAAAUUUUCUAGACAUGGAAAGUUGUUUUUUCUUUAUUGUUAAACAGUACAAGUGCUCUCAUGAAGAUUCUUACCAACAUUAUUAAUUUAUAAUAUGGGGAGUAAGUGUAACUUUUCCAUGAGCUUCAUCACACAAAUUAAAGGUGCAUCUCAAAUUCAAGUUUAAUGAAAUUUACAAGAUAGUUAUAAGUUUAAAAAUUCCAAAAUUUCCCAACUAUCUUGAUAUCUUGUUAAAAUCAUCAACUUUUUUUUUUAUAAGUUCAGGAUCAAAGAACUCAAGUAAUUAAAUCCCCUAGGAUCAAAGACACUCAUAAUGAUGUCUCUUGAGUCUUGACAAUGAAGUAAUUCUUAUUCCAUAAAUCAGUGACUAUUCAUCAUUGAUGGCUUAAAAUUUAAAAUUGCAUCUACAAAAUUAUUCUAUUCUAAUUAGUAAUACCUAAUUGUUAUUGGAUACAUUAAUAAGACUUUAUAAAGAAAGUGACCCACAUUGAAAAUCUUGUGACCGUUGGGUUGAUUACAAUUUACAAAAUAAUUAUAGCAAUAAUAAGACAAAUGAGAAUUCUACAUAUUUUUUUAUUUAACUAAAAUAACAAGAUGGAAAAGAACCAAUUUGUUAAUAGAUUUUCUCCCCUUGUAGGGCUAUGCCUAUAGAUGUAGGUGAGAAGGGUCAACCAUUGCAUUUAAUGUGAGAGUGUGUUAUUUCAUGGGUGUGCCUUCACGUGAAUGUUUGUCUCCUACUUACCCUGUAGCCUUGUUAUGAUCAAUGGAAAGCAAAGCAUAGGAUAAAUUAAAAAAAUUCAAUUAAAAAAAUAACAUAGGAGUCCUAGUCCUACUAAAAGGUUCAUUCAUAUUUGGUAAAAAGUCACUCCAAAAUAAUAUUUUAUAAAAAGAAAGUUUUACUCAUAAUAUUACGAGAAAGAGAUGAAAAAUAAAAUCAAACUUAAUUGAAAAGAUAAAGAUAUGACUUUCAUGUACAAUUUUAGAGAUUGAAAUUAGCGGUGACAAUGGAUAGGGAUGACAAUGGGUCGGGUUGGGUGCGAAUAGUGCAUAUCUGUUACCCUAUUCAAAGUAGUUCGGGUUUUACUCAUACCUCAUACCCACAUAAAAAACAAGUAGAAAAUCAAAACAAUGCUCAUACCCGUUCGGGUUUUGGGUAUCCAUGGAUAAUAAUUUUUCUUCAUAACUCCGACCAAUAUAUUAACAUUCCCGCGUAUUAUCACAUUAUGUAAGAGAAAAAAUACAACAAUAAUUCACUAGAAUGAAGAAAAUUAAUCAAA